AUCUAACAUAAAGUGAAGUGUUUCCAUCUAUAAUUAUUAAUUGUUUAUUAUAUUGAAUUCGUUUUGUUUUGUUUCGUACUUGUUUUUGCAACUGUUGAAUUGCGUCUCAGUUUAUUUCUUUUUUUGAAAAUAUCAAUAUAUCGUUAUUAUUAUAUUCCAACAAUUUAUCAAUAAAAAAGAAGUGUACGCUAUAUUGAGUUUGUGUGAAAUUUUUUAAAAAAAAAGUGUUGAACCGCCAAUUUUGAAAAGGAUUUUUAAAAAUAUUAAAAAAAAAAACAAAUUGGUUAUUACUAUCGAACGUUAAUUCAGGAUGUCAUUUUCAAAGGCAAAACUAAAGCGAUUUAAUGAAGUAAGCGAUUCACCAUACAGUGACCAAAAAAUGGAGCGUAAAGAUAGCAUCCGUCGCUUUUUGCGCGAACAAUUCCGUGACGAUAAGAAAAAAGAGAAACAUGAAAAGGAAAAGGAAAGCAAAGAAAGUAAAGAGAAUAAGGAAAAUAUUGCCAAUUCGAAUGUACCAUCGACUGCAUCGACUAGCUCAGCAUCAACGGUAGCGGCUGAAGUGAAAGCAUCCAAUACGGACACAAAGAAAGAAAGCAAAAGCAGUGCUUAUCGUCUAUUCCGAACUCCAUCACUUCCACGUCGUUUGCGUUUCAAUCGUCAACAUUCCGAUUUGACGCCAUCAAAGAAAGGAUCGAUAACCGCGUUGAAGGAGAAGGAAAAGGAGGCCAUCGAUGUGGCCAAUGAGGAUAUCAAAGCAAAAUCAGAGCAAAUUGCUGAACAAACUGUAUUGAUUACAAACUUACGCGAAGAAUUGACCCAAUUGAAACAAUCAAAUUUGGAUAAAACCGAAUCGAUUGUUGAGAAACAACGUGAAAUCGAAGAUUUACAAGAUGAGCUCAAGAAAAAUGAAGAGGCACUAAAUCAAUUGAGAGCACUGGAUGCCGAACAUUUGGCCAAAAUAAAUGUGCUUGAGGGUGAGAUCAAGACGAUCAUACGCGAACAAGAUGAAGAGAUGAGUAAAUUGGUGCAGAAAAACACCAAUCUCGAUGUAAAAUGUGACAAAUUAUCGGCACAAAAUCGUUCGCUUGCCGAUGAAAUAAAGUCACUAAAAUCCGAUAUGGAACGGUGUCGCGAUGAAAUCGAAAGUCAUAAAUUACAAUUGCAAGAGGAAAAAGAAAAGUGGCAAGAAAAAGACACCGAAUUCCGUAAGCUAUUGGAUGAAAAUGUUCAAUUACUUGAGGGCAUUGAACGUAUUAAGAAACAAUCCGAUGACGAUAUGCUUGGCUAUGCAAUGGAAAGUCAAAAAUUGAUCGAUGAAUUGGAAACGGUUAAGCGUGAACGAUCGAAAAUUAUCACCGAAUUGUGUCGCAAAGAGGAGCUAUUGAAUGAUUUGCAAGAGGAAUUGGGUGGAAAAACCGUUGAAAUGGAUGCUGAACGUGAUGAAAUCAAGGACACCAUGAAUUGUGAAAUGAAUGCGAUCGUUAAAAAGCAUGAACAACAAAUUGCCACAUUGAAAGAGGUGCAUGAAAUGAAAAUCAAAGAAUUGGAAUCGAUUUCGGUAUUGGAACAAUCUAAAAUGAUUAAAGAACAUAAAGAAGCAUUAUGCAAUUUUAAAGAGGCCAACGAAAAAGAACGUGCACGUGAACGUGAAUUGGCCGAAGAGAAAAUUCGUAUUGCCGAAAUUCAAGCUGAACAAAAAUUAAAUGGUAUGGACGCAACAAUUGAUCAAUCGAUACAACAGGAGAAACAAAUUUGGCGCAUGGAAAUUGAAAAAUGCCAAAAAAUUGCCGAACACGAAGUUAUGCAAUAUGAAUAUGAAAAACGUGAUCUCAAAGCACUGUUGGAUUCGGCCAAUGAUUUGAUUCGUGAAAAAGAUGAAAAAAUUGAUGAACUACAUAAGCAAAUCCGUAGCGAUAUUGCUGAAUAUGUAAAAAGUCGACAAGAAUUGGACAGUGAAAUUGAAGAGACACAACGUGAAUGCACCCGUCUAUUGUCCGAUCGAUUGAACUAUCAAAUGGCAUUGAAAAAUCAUCAAACAACAAUGAAAAUUCUUGUGGAACGUCUUAAAAAAUCCGAUCAAGAUGUGGAAAUUUUAAAGGCCGAACUUGAUACGGUGAUUGCAUCAAAGCUUGAUGUUGAAGCCACCAAUUUGAAAUUGGUGGAAGAGGUGCAAACGCUAUCGAUGGAAGUCGAUGAAUAUCGUCAUGCAUUGACCGCAUUGCGCAAUUCAUCGGUUAAUUUGGAACGUGAAAUGCAUGAAAAGGAAUCGGUUUAUGAGAAAAUCAUGAGCUCUGAACAGGAAACACUCGAAACGGUCAAUAAAAUUGGCAAACUAUUGAAUGACAAAGUCGAAGAGAAUAUCAGCAAAUAUGCUGAAUUGUAUAAUGACAUCAAAAAUAAGUAUGACAUUCGUGAAAAGUAUGUUAAAGAGGUGACAACAUUGAUGGAAGACCUUGGAAAUGGCAUUCAAUUGGCACGAUAUGAAUUGGACAUGAAAGAAAAACAAUUGCUCGAAUUGCAAGAGGAAAAUAAAAAUAUUAAACUCGAAAUUAUGACAUACAAAUUUAAAUGCGAACAAUUUGAAAAAUAUGAACUGGAACAACGUGUACCAAAUCCAUCGCCAGAAUUGGUUAAUGAGCUUGAAAAUGAUUGUGACAAAUUUCCCGCAAUGACCGCUGAUGAUGCAAUGGUUUCAAAUCAAUUGAUCGAAAAUAUUAUCGUACAAUUGGAAAAGGAGGCACAAAAUGAAAGCAUCAAAAAUGAAAUGAACACCGAAAUUUACAGCGAUGAAGACAAAAUUGCCGCCGAAAAUUUACAACUUAAAGAAAAACUCGUCGAAAAGAAUCGACAAAUUGAAUUUUUACAAGAAAUGGUCGAAAUGGAAAACGUACAUGCCACCGAAAAUAUUUCACUCAGACACAAGGUUAAUGAAUUGGAGCACAAAGUUCAGUAUAUUGAACAAUUUGCAAAUGAAACCGUUGAAAAAUACCAAGGUUUGGCCAGCCAACAACAAAAUCGCCAACAAAUCGAUGAACUCAAAGAAAAGAACAAACAAUUGAAGAAUAAAAUCAUAAGUUUGCAAGAUGCAAACAAGGAGAAUGAAUCGACCAUUGUGGAGCUGAAGGAGAAAAUUCAUACUGGUGCUGAUCGUACACCAUUGAAAAUGAAUCGUUCGUUUAGCAAUAUCAAUAUGAAUACGCCACGUACUCCAAAGACGCCAAAAACACCAGCGGCACUGGCUGGCAAAGAGAAUUCACCAGCAACAUUAGUGUUGAGUCCAUUGCGAGUACGGAACAAUUGAGUCGUGUCCAAAACCAUCAACGAAACUAUGGCAACCACUAUGCCAAACGCGCUCUACAGCGUACUUUCCCCAUUUAAUUUAUUUCAGAUAAACUAUUUUAGAGGCUAAAUGUUUUGCUGUUUUGUGUUAAAUCCAAAUCCGUAAUGUUUUUUUAGAAUUUUUCUCGCAUUUAUUUAAAAAAAGAACAGAAUAAUUUAUUUGACGCAUUUUUUACAAAAAAAAAGAUAAAAUAUUUAUGGGACAAAUUAAUUUUUUUUUUUGAAAAAUCAUUUCGUUGUAUUGUUACAUUUAUACGCCGAACAUACCACAAUAUUGUUCUCAAUUAAAGUCCAAAAGCAUCAAGAAAAUAAAUAAUUAUUAGAGAGGGAAAAGAAAAAUUAUAGAAUAAUUUAGAUAAUAUUUGGUAUUAUAAUAAUCGAAUACAAACCAUUUGAUCACAAUGUCAGGAUAAAGAGUCAGACCUAUUGUCGAAAUGUAAACAACUAUUUGUCAAAAAGUGUGGGAAAACAAUGAAAGAGAACAACAACAACAAAAAUGUUCGUUACUAAAUUUUUCCAUUUUAUUUUUCAUUAUUCUGAUUAA